CCACGCUGAGCAACACUAGAGGGUGAACGACCACAUUUUCUACCGCUGGCUCCGGCAUUUUAAUCUUUGCUCCUGUGACGGACACCAACACAAAAAGUGCUUGAAAACAACCUGGGCUAUUCUGCACUUCCGCUGAGAGGUGACGUCAUUUCCUCGGUGAGUGACGUCACUUCUGUUUCUAUUGGCAACUUGGGCAAACCGGAGACAGACGGGCGGUCGCCAAUAAAAUGGCAGAAGUUGAGGAAGCUCUCCAAAGAGUGGAAGCUCAUCCCAGUGUGUUUGGAACCAUAGUUGCAAAUGCAGAAGGCGUUCCAGUUCGAUCAACAUUCGAGAACUCCAAGGCUGCAAAGUACGCGGGACUACUUCGACACCUCACCUUGAUGGCAACCAGCACGGUGAGGGACAUCGACCCUCAGAACGACCUCACCGUCCUCCGCAUUGGCACCAAGAACCAAGAAAUAAUGAUUGCACCUGAGAGUGAUUCUCUUGUGAUCGUCCUCCAGAGGUGUGAUGGCUGACAGGUGCCUUCUUUAUGCGUCAUAUAUCGCUGCUAAGAAAUCCAGGAGAUGCUGGUUUCUGUACUAGCAAGACAAAAACACCUGAAAUCCAGCAAGGUUCUGGUGGAUUUCUAAUGUUUUGGUACUGGUUUUGCUGGUACAGAAACCAGCAUAUGCUGGAUUUCUUAGCUGCGAGGGAAUUGUUUAUUUGUGGUGUG